AUGCGCUCAAUUUGUGCAUUAUUUGUCGCGGCUUUAAGCCUUUCCACUGUUCUAGCCUUACCGAAGAAACAGCAAAGGAUCGUCGGUGGUUCGAUUACUACAAUAGACGCAUAUCCUUACGCCGCUUCGCUUCUUUACUCUUGGAAUUUGGCAAACUAUUUGCAAUCAUGUGGUGGUGCAAUUCUAACCAGUCGCGCAGUUCUUUCAGCAGCUCAUUGCUUCUAUGGUGAUACAACAGUCAGGUGGCGCAUAAGAGUCGGCUCCUCGUGGGCGAAUAGCGGCGGUGUGGUUCACAAUACCGCUCAAAUCAUAACACACCCCAACUACAACAGCCGGCUAAUGGAUAACGAUGUAGCGAUCCUACGUUCCGCCACCACCUUUACGUACAACAACAGAGUUCGAGCUGGCAGCAUUGCUGGUGUUAACUAUAAUCUGGCGGACAAUCAAGCCGUUUUUGCAAUAGGAUGGGGUGUUACUUCGGUCAGCGGUGCCGCUUCAGAACAACUUCGCCACGUGCAGAUAUGGACAAUAAACCAGACCGUGUGCAGGAAUCGCUACGCUGAGUUGGGCCUUCAAAUCACCGACAACAUGCUGUGUUCGGGCUGGCUUGAUGUAGGCGGCCGUGAUCAAUGCCAGGGUGACUCGGGAGGUCCACUUAUCCACAACAACGUCAUAGUGGGCGUAUGUUCUUGGGGUCAACAGUGCGCGCUCGCUCGUUACCCAGGCGUGAAUACGCGGGUAUCACGUUUCACUUCAUGGAUUCAAGCGAAUGUC